UCCGGGGGAUACAAUGAUGCAGAAAAAGUGAAGGUGUUCUCGGCUUCCCAUUUCCCACCAGAAAAGAUGUCGUCAAGGUUCAAACCUAACGAAGGCGACUGGAUUUGUCAAGAUUCGAAAUGCGGAAAUAUUAAUUUCUCAAGAAGGACAACCUGUAACAAGUGUGGAAGAGCAAAACAAAACAAGGAUGCCUCUUUAUUCAAAAAGGGUGGUGUGGAGAUUGGGAAGAACAUGGCUGAAAAGAGCAAAGGACUGUUCAGUGCUGAUGACUGGCAGUGUAAAGGUUGUGGGAACGUUAACUGGGCCAGAAGGAUGAGCUGUAACAUGUGUAACACCCCAAAAUACGGACGACAAGAGGCAAGAACAGGGUAUGGAGGAGGGUAUAUGGAGAGAGAUGAAGUGGUGGAAUACAUCCAAAGGGAGGAGUCAGAUGAUGAAUAUGAUGAGUUUGGGAGAAAGCGCAAAAAGAAGCGUCUGUCUGCAGAGAGUGCCGAGGCAACUGUGUCAGCUGUUCAACCCAGCAAUCAGGAGGAUGAGGAGGACGAUGAUGAAGAAGAGGAAGACGAUGAGGAUUUAUCUCGCUAUAAUCUGGACAGUGAUGAUGAUGAAGGAGAUGUUGAUGUUUCAGCUUAUGAUAUGCAGGCCAGUGAUGAGGAUAAAAAGGUCUCCUCUGAAGUUGACAAAAAAUCUGAAAAACCACUUGAAACUAAAGAAACUGUGCAACGUAAAGCAAGGUCAAGAUCAACAUCAAGGUCAUCUUCAAGCUCCAGCUCUAGCUCAUCUUCAGGGUCAAGGUCAAGGUCCAGGUCCAGGUCAUCCUCCUCCAGCUCCCGCUCAAGGUCACGCUCAUCCAAGUCAAAGUCUGUGAACAGCCGGAAGCGCCAUGGCUCUCGGUCCAGGUCAUCAAGAAAGAAAAGCAAAAAGGUCAGGAGGUCCAAAUACAGAUCCAGCUCCAGCUCCAGCUCAAGAUCAAGGUCUAGGUCUAGGUCGAGGUCGUACUCCAGAUCUAGAUCAAGGUCACACUCCAAAUCCAGGACAAAAUGAAGUUCAACGGAUGGUUAGAGGGUCAUGUGGAGGUGAAUGGAUCAUGGGAGCUCAACACUAACCUGGCUGUUCUUCAUCUAUGCUUAUCACUGUAACUUAGAUACAUUAGGUUCUAAUUGUGGUUUUAGGUGAAAUGUUCAAGUAUUACUAACUUUCAGUGAUGAGACUUAAGAUAUAAUAGGCUUGAUUUUUAUGUCUAUUUUUUCACUUUCUUUAGCCUAAGGAGCUAUGUAUCAGUAUCUAUUUGCGUAAAGUCUUAGUUAAUGGUUUAAUAUGUUAAAGCAUGUACACUGUAUCAAUAUUAAUAUUUGAUAAAGAUUCACAAAGAGAUGCAAUUUGAACAUGUCACAUGUUUCGGGUUUUCGGGAUUUAUAGGUUAUAAAGGUCGGUAAUGAGUUGAGGGGUAAUUCUGUUCAUUAAUGAAAUUGCUUAAAUAAUAGACUUUUUCCUUCCUAUCGAGAUAAUUCUAGAUGCAGAGUUUGGCAUAUUGAAAAAUGUUACCAAGUCUAGCUCUAGAUUGAUUACUUUCAAAUAUGUAUUUGUGUAUGUAUGGAUUUUGUUUUUUUACUUUUUCAGUGGAAUUAGUUUCUUUAAUUCAUGGACAUUAAACAGUUUGUGUUUUUGAAACUAUCAAAGUCAUUAAUUUGACAUUUUAGAAUGAGAUUUACUGGUACUUGUGCAUGUAUUCUGUCAGGACUAGUUUUGAGUACAUUUUCAGAGGAAACAUAUUAAAGCAAACCCUUCAUGAUGACCAUUGACUGAGAUUUUGUUCAAAAGUAUAUAAAAAAGCUCUCUUUUAGCAAGUCAGCAAAGACAUUGAAAGUAGAUCUAUUUGCAAUUACUCAGAAUCUGCGUGUACUUCUGAUUGUGAUGGUACAAGAAUUUGAGCAAAAUAUGUAUGAAUGCUAAAGGAUAAGGAAACAAAUAGUGGAUUUGUACACCUUUGAAAUAUAAGCAUAAACAUGGAUGUUUACAGUCUAAUGUCAAAUCUCUAGAUGUAUGUUGUGAACUUUAAAGGCAAAGAAAAAGUUAUUUGAAAAUAUAGAUUCUUUAUCCUUCAUACUGUUAACAUAUCCCUGUAAUAGAGAUUGAGAAAAUGUUAGUUCAUAUCUUUGAUGCCAAGGAGUUUUUUGGGCUACAUCAAUGUGUUUGCUCUGUAAUUUUGAUUUAAUUAAGGUAGCCUUGGAUUGUUCAUUUGAACAAUUCUAAAAUGGAAAGAAUUGUCCGAGAAGUCCAGUUGUCCAGAAUUAUUUAUGUCGGUAUGAAUAUUUUUGCUGGAUAGCCAAAAUUAUAAAUUAUUUUAUUGUAAGUUAACAGUUUUUCGCCUGUGUAUGUUUCUGUAAAUUUAAGCAAGAUUUGUUUUUCUCCUUGAAUGGUCUUACCAGUCUUACCAUUCAAGUUUUACUAUUAAGAUCAACUAAGCUGGAGGACUAUUUUCUUCAAAUUAUGGUUACCAGGUAAGUAUUUGGGUAUAGGGUUUCAAUCAAGCUUAACACUUUCAGCCAUUCUGAGGUUAUGUACAACAAAUAAAAAGUCAAAAUCAAGCAUUUAAGGCCUUGGUUUUCAUUUCUCCUCCUUGGGCAUUAUCACUACUCAAAAAGAAUUGGGACUAGAUUCAUGAAUUUGGAUAUACAUUAACUGCAUUGCACCUAAAGUUUGGCAUGUAAGAAUGCACUUGCUGAAAACAACAAACCUUAAA